AUGGCUGAGCGGCUGUCGGAGGAGCAGAUCGCCGAAUUCAAGGAGGCUUUUUCCCUUUUUGACCGGGAUGGAGAUGGUUGCAUCACCACGAAGGAGUUGGGCACCGUCAUGCGCUCGUUGGGGCAAAACCCCACCGAAGCGGAGCUGCAGGACAUGGUGGGGG